AUGGCGCGGGUUCCGUUCAUAGGGAGACUGUUUUGGUAUGAGUACUUAGCCCUGUUUGGGUCUUUGAUACUGGUUCUACUAGAAACAACUAUUCACUUGAUCACUUGGUGUCUACCAAGCCCUAUCAUUAAAUUUUGCUAUGAUCAGUCCAAGGCACUCUUCAACCUUUUGAUCCCUACUGAGUCUCGUCAAAAGCGAACAAAAGAGGAAAUAUUUGCCAGUUCUGUCGCAGACGCAUCGGACUUUACUGAAAUAUGUGCUCUGUUUGGGUAUCAAGCCGAAGAGCACAUUGUACAGACGAACGAUGGCUAUCUUCUUGGUCUACACCGGCUCGCAUAUCGGAAGGGAGAAGAGGAUAAACAAGUCAACCAAGGUCCCAAUGCAAUUCAAAAGAAGGUUGUCUAUCUUCACCACGGGCUGCUCAUGUCCAGCGAGGUUUGGGUGGCCUUGACAGAUGAGCAGAGGUGUCUCCCCUUCCGGUUAGUGGAAAAGGGGUACGACGUUUGGCUGGGUAACAACCGUGGCAACAAGUACUCCAAGAAGUCAAUUCGGUUUUCACCUGGCUCGAACGAGUUUUGGGAUUUCUCCAUUGAUCAGUUCGCCUUCUCGGAUAUCCCCAACAGCAUCGAGUACAUUCUUGAGGUUACAGAACAACCGUCGCUGUCAUAUAUUGGAUUUUCGCAAGGAACAGCCCAGGCAUUUGCUACACUCGCUAUCCAUCCAUUGCUGAAUCACAAGAUUGAUGUGUUUGUGGCACUCGCACCUGCUAUGGCUCCUUCUGGUCUGCGCAAUCGCAUCGUUGAUUCACUCAUGAAAGCAUCUCCUGACUUUCUGUUCCUGCUGUUUGGUCGCCGCAGCAUUCUGUCAUCAACAACCAUGUGGCAAACGAUACUCUACCCACCAAUCUUCGUGCGCAUUAUCGACACAGCCCUUAGAGCCCUCUUCAAUUGGAAAUGCCGCAACAUUAAGCAGACGCAGAAGCUAGCUGCGUAUUUGCAUCUCUAUUCUUUUACCAGCACCAAAUCCGUCGUGCACUGGUUCCAAAUCAUUCGAAACAAGAACUUCCAGUUCUACGACGAUGAAGUCUAUGCUCCUUUCAGUGUUGCUGCCAGUGAGCGCUUCUACAAGCCGGUCAAAUACCCGACUCGCAACAUUAAGACUCCCGUCGUACUCCUCUAUGGUGACAGCGACAGCCUUGUCGAUGUCGGAGUUAUGCUCAAGGGCUUGCCCCAUACCACUGUCGCCCAAGCAAUUCCGACCUACGAGCAUUUAGACUUUUUGUGGGCCUCCGAUGUCGACCGCCAAGUCUUCGGUUAUGUUUUCGAUGCGCUCGAGACCUAUAGCCGGGGUAGCCCUACCGUUAUCAGCACAAGUUUGGGCUCCAGCAAACACGUCAAAGAACUUUUGACCGAUGGACGUGCUUCCAACACAUCAGUCUCUCGCAGGAACCACAUUAGUAAUGGUGCAUAUGGCGCCACUGUCUAG